AUGCUUCCUGCAAGCCUUUCUUUGCUGCUGCUGCUGCUGCUGCUGCUUCUGACCUGGUUUCCCACAAGCUUCUGGGGUUGCCUGCAGUGCGACCAAAAAUUCAAGCAGAACGUAGCUAAGCUCCGGACUACAGUUGUGCCACGCCAGAUCCAUGACACACGCCUCAAGGCACGGGCCGAAGCACUCCUCAGAGGCCUCGAGGGGAAUUUUUUCCUGCAUUAUGCCACUAGCCAGUUCUCUGGCCUUGCAGUUAAAAGCAAAGUCGAUGCCCUGAUCCACGAGGUGAGGCUCAGCACGGAGCGUCUCCUUCAAACCAGUCUUUCAGACCAGGCUCUGCUGGAAGAACUGGUUGCAUUCCGGAGGAAAGCCACCAUGAAGCUUAAGCAGGCAUUAAAGGAGCACCAGACACAUGCUUGUGAUGAAGAAGGCUGUGCCUGGCUGAGAUAUAAAGCAUUUAACUGCAAAGGAUGCCAAGAGACAGCAGCUGUUUGCUUGACGCUAAGUCAGUGCUUUGUUGAUGCCCAGGAGCGCCUGUCACUUCGCUUUGGGAAGCCCUUGAAGGAUCCUGAUAUCGCCCGAACUGGACUCGCCGUUGUCCUAUGGAUGGGUGCACUGCUAUUUGUGGUGAUAAUCGGCGUGAUACUCAUGUACUGGAGAAACCGGCUAUUGGUGUAUGUUUAG